AAAACACAAGAAAAAUAGUGGUGGAAUGCGACGGCGAUACUAUCGUGAUAGUUUUCAAACCAUCGAUAGUGCAAGCUGGCUCCUUAACAUCGAUACUAUCGAUGGUACCAUCGAUGGUUUGCCAGCUCUACCCGAGUCUGCGCAUAGGCCUCAGAAGCUCUUUGAGUCGCAUGACGCUGAGAAUCUAACAUCUGACGCGUCUGAGUCUGCUCUUCAGAUUCUUGUCUUCUAGCACCUUUGCAGCUCGCGAUCUGCUAGAACUACUACUUAUAUUGGAUUUACGUUUGCGUGGCAUAUUGAAAACAAUAAUUAAAGAUUUUAAAAACGGGAGUUUUAAAAACUACAACACUAUCACGAUAGUUUUACAAAAAAUUCCCAUCACUUGGACUUCGAACGAAAAAGAAGAAAUAUUCAGAUUGGUGGUUCCGGUGUUGUGGUUCUAUAAGGAAGUUCCUUAAAAAUGGAUGGCGGUGGAAACAAGGAUGUGGAGGAUGAUGUGGAAAUCGUGGAAAUAGCAAAGUCGAUAAGAAAGGUCAACCGACUUGGAAGUUCGGUGUGGGAUUUCUUUGAGAAGACCAAGGAUGAAAAGAAAGCCACUUGCCGGAUCUGUAAAAAAACGUAUAAGAUGCCCCAACUGGCUAUAAGCGCUAAGCAGGGGCUCUGCAUUCCGGCAACCUUGACAGAAUCGGAAAGGAUGUUUUCCAAAGCGGGCCUAACAAUUUGUGACCGACAAGAGUUGAAUGAGGACUGGGUAUUUCAACAGGAUAACGUUCCUAUACACGCUGCGAGGUAUACGUUGUCGUUCCUGGAAUCAAAAAGUAUACCACUAUUGCAGUGGCCAGCAAUAAGUCCAGACUUUAACCCAAUUAAGAACCUUUGGGACAUCCUGUCAGCAAAAGUCUACAAGCGUGGAAGACAGUUUGAGUCAAUGGCGUAA